AUGAGCUCAAUGAUUCUCUGUGCUCUCUGCUGGGCAUUGAGAGAAGCGAGACAAUCAUGGCACUUUCUUGACCCACCAAUCAAAAACAAGUGGAGGAAAAAUCAAGAGGCUUUUGGAGGAUUUGAAGAAGGGAAAAAUAGCAGAUUCACCAGGACACUGCCAAAUGUGACAGCUACACACCAAUGGAACUUGAGAGUGAGAAGGCGCUUGACAUACAAACAGAACAGAGCAAUGAGGGUAUGCCCCAUUUACAACAAAGGAAAGCAAACAGCAAAGCCAACACUUGAGGCUGACCAGGACAGAAAGCCAACGCACUGGCCUUCAGGAUCUGUGAAACUCUUCGCGUAUCCUGAGCACAUCACAUGCAGGAAUGACCUGGCUCCCAGUCGUCCCGAGCACCAGCUAACCAACUCCACAAAUCUGAGACUCCUGUGGAAUUGGACACAAAGGAUGCACCCGAUCUUUCAUCUGGGAAACUAG